AUGGUUGGAGCCCGACCGGUAGAUGUCGAGGUUGGCGAGGCGAUUCGCCAGUCCGGCGUCCCACGCAAAGAAAUAUUUGUCACCCAUAAAUUGUGGGUCAACUUUGGCGCUCCUCAAAAUGUGGAGGUUGCGUUGGAUCUCGCUCUCCAGCGAAUAGGGAUCGAUUAUGUCGAUCUAUUCCUGUUCCACUAUCCUGUCGCAGUUAAGCCGGCCGGGGAUCUCUGCGAGGCGUGGAUAUCUGAAGAUACGACUAUGGCGGAACAGGGCUGUGUAGCCGAUGAUAAAGGCAACUUUAUUCCAGACCUGGAACAUUGUCCAGCAGCAGUCGCUGCGCUGAAUGUAGACGAAGGCAGUUUCAUUCCGACAUGGAAUGCGAUGAAAGACUUGGUUCGCUAUGGGAAGGCUCGAGCGGUUGGAGUUUCGAACUUUGACGUUGAACAUGUGCAAGAGAUCCUCGAUGCACAGAGUGACUCUGAUGAUGAAGUUCCGCUUUCAUGCAACCAGGUCGAGUGCCACCCCUGGUUUCCCAAUCUGCGACUGGUUGAGUUCUUACUGGAGCACGACAUUCUGGUCAUGGCGUACAGUCCAUUUGGGUCUGUCAAAUACGAGUAUGGAGUCUUCCCGCCUGAGCCGUUCACGCCUUAUGGAACGACUCUGUUGAAAGAUGAAACAGUCCGACGGAUUGCGGCCAAGAAUGGCUUGAGUGCCAGUCAAGUGUUGCUUAGUUGGGCAGCUCAACGAUCUACACUGCUGGUAUCUAGAAGCCGCUCCCUGCAGCAUCAGCAGGAGAACCUUCUAUCGAAGGAGUUGCCACAGGAGGAUAUGCAAACCCUGGCAACUUUGGAAUUGGACGGUACAACCGGGAAGUCUACGGCGACGAUCUACUUCCCUGGAAUCAAGGUAUACAACUCGUAG